GAGGAGGGAGUGGGUGCAUCUCUCUAAAUAAGGAAGGGAAGCAGCUGGAUCCAGGCUGGGGCUGGGAAGGAUGCCCAGGCUGUGGCUGACUUCCCAGUUUGGAGAGACGCAGAGCCCUGGGGAGCCAGCAGCUUCUCACCCAUGACAGGGACAGGCCUGCGGGCCCCAGGAAUGGGGCUGUGAGCGUGAGUGUGUCUCUGUACUGUGGCCCCAGGACAGUAUGUCUGCCAAACCCCUGGCACUUGCCCUCACUCUGCCAGCUGCUCGUGCCAACUACUGAAACACUCAUGUCCCUGUGGGGAGCGCAUGGGGGAAAGGGGGUCCCCCUCAGGCUCAGGCUGAGCCCCCUGGUGUGUGGUGCUCCCUGAGGGUCUCUUGGAUGCACUCGUGCACUGGGCAGUUUUUAGAUAAACCCACCCUGGGCGGAUACAGACCAGCUGGGCUGGAUCUGAUUCCCUGCUGAUUCCCGGCACUCAGAGAUACUUUGAUCCAGGUUAGAGAUGUGUGUAGAGAGCCCCUGGCGCUGGAUCCAGAUCCUGGGCAUGGGACAUAGAAUCCUACUAGACCGAGUUAGAAUCCGGACUGGGCACUCCACACCCUGGGUUCGAUCUGAAUUGACUCUGGAUUGGCUGGAUGGUUGGGGGCGGGGGGGAGAAGGCUGUUGCGGUUGGGUGCUCUGCGCACGGGGGUCCGGGGCACCCAGUGGGAGACAGGGAUGGAUCCGGAUUGGUUGGGUGCCGUUGUGUGGCUCAGGAUUAACUCCGGAUUGGGCGGCGGAGGCGGAUCCAGAUGAGGCGCCGUGCACACAGGGGAGCCCGAUCGGGAUCAGCCAGCCCCCGGCUGGGCAGGAUCCGGGUUCCCGGGCGGAGGCGGAGCUGCGGCGGGGAGGAUCCAAGGAGGAGCCGCGGCUGAGCGGCCAUCGCAAUCCGGACCGCGGCCCCGCUGCUGAGCCGAGCCCCAUGGCCUCCCGCCUCCUGCACCGGCUGCGGCAUGCCCUGGCUGGAGAGGGCGAGGGUGACCGGGAGGGACACGGCGGAGGCGGCUCAGAGGCGGAGGAAUUCCCAGAGAGCUCCGAACUGGAGGACGACACGGACGGGCUGUCCACGCGGCUCAGUGGCACCCUGAGCUUCACCAGUAAUGAGGAGGAGGAGGAGGAGGAGGAGAAUGAGGAGGAUGCCGCUAGCCAGGAGCUGGGGCUGCCCAAGAACCCCGGAGCCAUGGAGAAUGGAGAUCAGAGCCCUGCUCCAGCUGAACACCUGGGCAGUAACCUACUGACACGCCAGCUCCACGACUUCUGGAGGAGAUCACGCAGCAGCCUGGCUCCCCAGCGCCUGCUCUUUGAGGUCACCAGCGCCAGCGUUGUCAGCGAGCGCUCCUCCAAAUACGUGCUCUACACCGUCUACCUGAUCCGCUCCGGACAGUUUGACAAGGCCCCGGCCGCUAUUGCCCGGCGCUACUCGGACUUCGAGAGACUGAACCGGCGCCUGCGUCACCGGUUUGGCUGCGACAUGGCAGGCGUCUCCUUCCCCAGGAAGAGGCUACGCAAGAACUUCACAGCAGAAACCAUCGCCAAGCGGAGCCGGGCCUUUGAGCAGUUCCUGUCCCACCUGCACUCCAUCACUGAGAUCCGCCGCUCCUCCGACUUCCUGGAGUUCUUCUUCCUGCAUGACCUGCAGGCAGCACAGCGCCUCACCUGCAGCGGCAUGUACCGCGAGGCCCUGGCCACCUGGAGCAACGCCUACCAGCUCCAGGACAAGCUGGGCGUCUGCAACUCGGGCCGCUUCCUCCUCACGCUGGCUGGCCUGGUGGUUUGCCACCAGGAGCUGGACGAGCUGAGCGAGGCUCAUCGCUACUGCGAGCAGGCUCUGCGGCUCCUGGAGGCCCAAGACAGCCACUCCUUGCUGGAGCCCUUCCUUCAGGCGCAUGUCCACCUGUCCUGGAAGGUGGGGAAAGACAAGCGCCAGUCGGAGGCCAGGCUGCAGGGGCUGCAAGGAACUGGGGUGGCUCUCCAGCAGCAGCCCACCCUGAAGGAGUUCUUGAUCAAGGAGGCUUUGGACUGAGUGCCCAGGCCCCCAGCACUGGGACUGGGCGGGGACCGAGCAGCGUGGGUCUCGAGGAAGGAGGCUGCAUUGUCCAUGGGGACUGGAAGAGCAGCAGCGGCUGUAGGUCAGGGAUGGGGUGUGUCUUGAGCCUAGGCCUAGAGUGGUAGAGGGGGAGCUGCAGGUCAGGCUGAGUGUGCAGUGGCAGGGCUUUGUCUGUACGGUGCAGGGGGGAGAGCGGGACACUGGCAGAGGGGUGGCCCGGGGCCCUGGACUGGCCCGGGGCCCUGGACUGGCCCAGCACCUGCCUGUCCUGGGACCUGUUCUCUUGGAAAUGUGCUUCUCUAAGUAUGUGAAAUGGCCCGUCCCUCAGUGCUGGGCGUGCAGCCUCCCUGGUGCCAGGUCGACUCCUGGCUCCCUUAGGGGAGGGAGCUGCUGCUGGGCCAUAUUGAUACAGUACUAAAGGGAUUCGCUGGCGCCAGGCAGAGUCUGGGGCUCUCCUUUGGGAACUUUUAACAAUACUUGAAGACUUGGUAGGAAAAGGGACCGAGACUCCCCAGAGUGUGUUCAGAUUAACCCUCCCCUGGCCCCAUUGCAAGGAGACAGCUCUCCAGCCUUUCAGCAACAACCCUAGGGGCCAGGGCAGCAGCGGGGGCUGGGAGGACAGAUCCCCAGGACCCACCGUGCCUUGUGCUUUGGCUGAGAGGUGAAGACAGUCAGUCCUUCUCCUCCUCCCCCUCUACCAGGCCUUACUGUGCUAGGCUACUGCGGGAGUGGCUGAGACUCCCCUGGGGCCUCUCCCAGCCUGCAGGGAGAGCGAGAGCAGGAGCUGCAGCCGAGCCACUGGGGCUGGGGAGGGGAACUGAGAAAGGGAAGCUGCAAGGGCUCUGCAGCAGCUUUCUUCCCUGGCCCAGCCAGAGAUGCCCUGCAGCCUGAGCUCCAGCCCCUCGCUCUCCUCAUACCCCUCUGGGUCUCUGCCCCUCCUCCAAGGCCCCGGGGGCUCCCUUCUGAGUAGGUCAUAGCCCCAGCAGGGUGCUACUCCAGAGCAGAUGUCUAAAUGCCAUGGAGGGACUGAGUCUGGGUGGGCCAUGGAGGCUUUAUUAGAGGGAGGCGGGGGGCAGUGUCUGACAGGCCGCUCUAAUCAACAGUCAAUAAAACAGAUAUUCCCAGG